AUGGCGUGUAUCGCUCCAGCAGUUGCGUCGAUGCAAGCAGCAACGAGCGCGAGACUGCAGAGUCCGCUCGCUUCUGCCUCCGCAGCUUCCUCCUCCAAGGCCAGCUUGAAAUGCGCCGCUUCCAGCUCACGCGCUCUCCCAUCCAUCACCCCUUCGCCGCUCUCUCAACAUGUCGUCAGUCAAAUCAAGAGCUCUCUGCCUCGGAAAUACCGGCGAUCCGCCUCCGUGUAUGCCACGUCAACGACCGAAGCUUCCACGCAGGCUCCUGAGAGCAGCAGCGAGAGCAGCAGCGGGCCGUCGAAGGGACGCGUGAUGGUGAUUGGUGGCGACGGAUACUGCGGCUGGGCGACGGCGCUGCACCUAUCAGAGCAAGGCUAUGACGUGUCCAUCGUGGACAAUCUCAGCCGUCGGUUGUUUGACGAGCAGCUCGGAUCGCAGACCUUGACGCCGAUCGCAUCCAUCCACGAUCGCGUGCGACGCUGGCGAGAGAUCACGGGGAAAACGAUCGCACUGUACAUCGGCGACGUGUGCGACUUCGAAUUCCUCGCAGACGCGUUCCAGACGUUCGAGCCGACGGCCGUGGUGCACUUCGGUGAGCAGCGGUCGGCGCCCUACUCGAUGAUCGAUCGCAACCGCGCGGUUUUCACGCAGCAUAAUAACGUCAUCGGUACUAUCAAUGUUAUGUUCGCGAUUAAGGAAUUCGCUCCCGAGUGCCAUCUGGUGAAGCUGGGGACGAUGGGCGAGUACGGAACGCCGAACAUUGACAUUGAGGAGGGCUUCAUUACAAUCACACACAACGGCAGGACGGACACGCUGCCGUACCCGAAACAAGCCAGCUCCUUUUAUCACCUCAGCAAGGUGCACGAUUCGCACAACAUCGCGUUCGCGUGCAAGGCGUGGAACAUGCGCGCGACGGAUCUGAACCAGGGCGUGGUGUACGGCGUCGCGACGCCCGAGACGGAGAAAGACGUCAUGCUCAUCAAUAGGCUGGACUAUGACGGCGUCUUCGGCACCGCUCUCAACCGAUUUGUAGUCCAGGCGGCUGUGGGGCACCCGCUGACCAUCUACGGCAAGGGCGGCCAGACCCGCGGAUACUUGGACAUCCGUGAUACGGUGCGGUGCGUUGAGCUAGCAAUUGCUAACCCGGCAAAGCUGGGCGAGUUCCGCGUGUUCAACCAGUUUACAGAGCAGUUCUCUGUGCGGGACCUGGCAAGACUGGUGACGGCUGCAGGGGAGAAGAUGGGCAUUGAAGUGAAAUCUAUCAACGUGCCCAACCCUCGUGUUGAGCCUGCAGCUGCUCUUCCUUGCUGUCACAACUGCCCUCCCUUUUCAUUCUUCCUUUCCAUCCCUGGAAUCGCGACACUCCCUCUCCGCCCCAUGUCCCACCAGGCGGAGGAGCACUAUUACAACGCCAAGCGCACCAAGUUGCUGGAGCUGGGGCUGCAGCUGCACUUUCUGUCCAACACACUCCUCGACCCCCUUCUCACUUGCAAACCCAUGUAUUUCCCUCUCCACCACUCUCUACCCCUUUCUAUCCCAGGCGGAGGAGCACUAUUACAAUGCCAAGCGCACCAAGCUGCUGGAGCUGGGCCUGCAGCCGCACUUCCUGGGAGACGCUCUUCUCGACUCGCUGCUCAACUUGCUAACCUAUUCAUCCCUUUUUACCGCUUUGUACCCUGUUGUUUCCAACCCACACCCCACCAGGCGGAGGAGCACUAUUACAACGCCAAGCGCACCAAGCUGCUGGAGCUUGGGCUGCAGCCGCACUUCCUGGGAGACGCUCUGCUCGACAAUUGCUCAACCCUUUCCCAUUCUACCGCUUUGUACCCCUUCCUAUCCCAUACUCACCAGGCGGAGGAGCACUAUUACAACGCCAAGCGCACCAAGCUCCUUGAGCUUGGGCUGCAGCCGCACUUCCUGGGGGACGCUCUGCUCGACUCGCUGCUCAACUUCGCCGUGAUCUACAAGGACCGCGUCGACGCCAAUCAGAUCAUGCCAGCUGUCUCGUGGAAGAAGAUCGGGGUCAAGCCCAAGUCGUCAGUCACUACCACACCUGCGCAGUAG